UAUAACGACACACGCACGCACGCACGCACUCUAGCUCUCUCUCUCUCUCUCUCUCUCUCUCUCUCUCUCUCUCUCUCCUUUUUUCACUUCUCAUUUAAGUAAUGGAGGGUACUGGUGCUCUGGUGGUUAGGAAGAAGUGUAACUCUUCUCUUUGGGCAUUGAAGAUAGUUGCAGUACUGCUAUUGUUCUUGCUUCUUACCUGCAGCCAUGGAGGAAGCAGCAGCAGCAGCAGAGGUUGCCACGCAGAAGAGAGGAAGGCUCUAUUACGCAUAAAGGACUUCAUCAAAUCCAACUGGACUUCUACUACUGAUAUUCUGCCUUCAUGGGUGGGUGGGGAAGCAGAGAAUAUUGACUGCUGUAAGUGGGAAAGGGUGAAGUGCAACCCCACCACUGGACGGCUCAUGGACCUCUCCCUCUUUAAUAUCAACAACAUCAUAACCUAUGAUGAAGAUUGGUUUGUAGAUGAAGAUUGGUUUCUAAAUGCCUCCCUCUUUCUCCCAUUCCAGGACCUCACAACCCUUAAUUUGUCUCAUAAUUCCAUCUCCCACUAUCUUCCAAAUCAAGGUUUUGAAAAGUUAACAAGUUUGAAGAAGUUAGAAGUAUUGGAUCUGGGCUAUAAUAACUUUAACAAUACAAGCAUCUUCCGAUCACUUGGUCAAUUUACUUCACUCAAGACUUUGAUUCUUUGUCACAAUGAUCUCGAUGGAUUCUUUCCGGUCCAAGAUACGUUAGCUUUUAGGAAUUUGGAGGUCUUAAAUUUGAAGGAUAAUUUUUUGAGUGGGAGUAUUCCUCCAAGUAUACGAGCAUUACCUUCUCUCAAGGCUUUAUCUUUGGCUCGGAAUAAGAUUAAUGGCUCUUUACCUCCAGAUUUGUGUGAACUGAACAAACUUCAAGAGUUGGAUCUUAGUGAUAACAAUCUCGAAGGGACCCUUCCUCAAUGUUUGAAUAAUUUGACAAAUCUUGGGCUUCUGGAUCUCUCCAAGAAUCAAUUCACUGGGAAACUUUCUGAAUCUCUCAUUUCCAGCCUAACAGCAAUGGAGUACAUUGAUUUUAGCAACAAUUCCUUCGAGGGCUUAUUCUCAUUCAACUCAUUUGCAAAUCAUUCGAAGCUUGAGGUUGUUCAAUUCCUCAGUUUCAAUCACAAGUUCCAGGUGGAAACUGACUUAUCAAUUUGGGUUCCCAAAUUUCAAUUAAAGGUCCUUAUGUUAUCAAACUGUAACCUAAAUAGACUCUCCGGUGGUCAUAUUCCAAAAUUCCUUUUGGGCCAAUACAAGUUAAGAACCAUCGAUCUUUCCCACAAUAACUUGAUAGGACAUUUUCCCAAGUUGUUGCUAGAAAACAAUCCAGGACUAGAAUACCUAAUUCUUAGGAACAACUCUUUGGUGGGUCAAUUUCGUUUGCCACCAAUAGCUUGCUUCCAUAUUGAUGUCUCAGACAAUAAGUUGGUUGGUGAAAUUCAGUCAAACAUAGGGGAGAUGCUUCCGCAAACAAGACAUCUAAACAUAUCCAUAAAUUCUUUUGGAGGACGUGUUCCAUCCUCGAUUAGCAACAUGAGUGGGAUUUGGCUAUUGGACAUGUCGUUUAACAAUUUUUCAGGAGAGGUACCAAAUGAAUUGCUUGCAGCUUGCACCCAGUUAGAGUUUUUGGAUUUGUCUCACAAUAUGUUUCAUGGUCAUAUAUUUUCAAAUCACUUUAAUAUGAGCAAUUUAAAUCUUUUGCGUCUCGACCACAACUGCUUCUUUGGAACUCUACGCAAUUUGACAAAUUUGUAUUUUUUAAGGGUAUUAGAUAUUAGCAACAAUCACAUGUUUGGUCAAAUUACUCAUUGGAUGAGCAAUGAUUUCAUGUUGGACACACUCAUCAUGCGGAAUAAUCUAUUCAGUGGUCAAUUUUCAUGUGAAAUAAUUCCUUAUGAAUAUUUAGACAUUUCUUAUAAUAAUCUUUCGGGAACUUUACCAUCAUGUUCAAAGUGUAAACGUUUGCAAUACUUGCAUUUAGAAGGGAACAGAUUUGGAGGAUCAAUACCAGAAUCUUUUCUGAAUUUUUCAAAAAUAUUGUCACUCAAUAUUAGGUAUAACAAUUUAUUUGGAAAGAUUCCAAGUGUGAUUGGAUCGCUUUCUAGAUUAAAAGUCCUUUUGUUGAGUGGAAACCAUUUGAGUGGACUAAUGCCAAAUGAGUUGUGUCAAUUAAGUGAAAUAAGCAUAAUGGAUCUCUCCAAUAACUCUCUUUCUGGGUCAAUACCCCACUGCUUCAGCAACAUCACUUUUGGAAAUUUAGGGGCUUACCAAUUCAGCUUUUCACAAAAUUUUGAAUUCAUGUGGCGACACAAAGGAGUUGGGGUGAUUGUUCAAUACUAUGGAUUGCAAGAAGAAGUUGGCUUUGUCACAAAAAGCAUAUUCAGGCCCUACAAGGGUGGGAUCCUAAAUAACAUGUCUGGAUUGGACUUGUCAUGUAACAACCUCACAGGUAAAAUCCCAUAUGAACUAGGAAAUUUAAGUUCAAUUCGUGCCAUGAACUUGUCCCACAAUCGAUUUUCUGGUCUUAUACCAAGCUCUUUCUCAAACCUAGGCCAAAUAGAGAGCUUGGACCUUUCUUACAACAGUUUGAAUGGGGAAAUCCCUUCAAUACUUGUUGAUCUAAACUUCUUGGCAGUGUUUAGCGUGGUUCAUAAUAAUUUAUCAGGUAGAGUUCCAGACAAGGGGCAAUUCUUGACAUUCGAAGCAAGUAGUUUCAUUGGAAAUCCAUUUCUUUGUGGGCAAAUAUUGAAAAAAAAUUGCAGCCCCAUUGUUGAGCUACCUUACUCACCAGACAAAAGCAAUGGGAAAUGGUAUAAAGUGGAUCCGGUGGCCUUUGCAAGUUUCGUUGCUUCAUACAUCACAUUUUUCUUUGGGGUCAUAGCUGUUCUCUAUGUCAAUCCUACUUGGCGACGAAGGUUGUUCUAUCUAGCUGAAGAAUGGUUCUUUUCGUGCUACUACUUUGUUUAUGAUGCUAUUCGCAAGUUUGUAGCAUGCAUGCGCUGAUAGUUGUUUUGUAAUUAUUUAUAAGUUUGGUUGGUAUAAGAUUAUCAGAGUCUAUUUAGGUUUGAUAGACAGACAUUAUGUAUUGUCCCUAUAAUGUGUACUGUUAAUUGGAUUAUAAAUUAGCAUGUAUGACAAGUUUGUUUGUCUUAGAU